AUGGCGGCGGAGUCGAGGCAGCGGAAUACGGCGACGAGGUCGGCGGCGAUGACCACAACCACAACCACAACCGAGAAGGCGAAGGUCGAGUUGGGACACCCAGGAGGGGAGAUCAAGCACCACGGGUUGGUGCAGAUUCUACGGCUCUUGGUCGCAGUGUUCUACUUCUUCUCGUCGUGCUGCACCAUUGUUGCGACGCAACUCCUCGGCGCGCCGCUCUACUGGAUCAAUAGGGACUUUUACUAUGCCUACAUGGCUUUGACGAAACAGUCCUUCGGCAUCUUCGUGACGACCUUGACGAGCUGGUGGGCGCCGACUGUGGUGCGGAUCAGCGGGGAUGCGUCGGUGGCAGGGCAGUUGAAAAGGACUGCGGAUGGGAGAGUGGAAUGCCAUUUCCCGGAGCGGAUAGUCAUGAUAGCUAACCAUCAGAUCUACUCGGACUGGCUCUACCUGUGGUGGAUUGCCUACACGAACAGGCCGCGCUUGCACGGCCACAUCUACAUCAUAUUGAAGGAGUCCCUGAAGCAUGUCCCAAUCAUUGGCUGGGGCAUGCGCUUCUACGGCUUCGUGUUUAUGUCACGGAAGAUGUCGACCGACCAGCCUCGGUUGGCAUACCGAUUACAAAAAUUGAAGGGGAGACAUGCUGGACCAUUAUCCGGGACUUCCGGACUCGACCCUAUGUGGCUGCUUCUUUUCCCGGAAGGCACGAACGCAAGUGAUAACGGGAGAGCGAAGAGUGCUGCCUGGGCGAAGAAGCAGGGAAUCAAGGAUAUGGAGCAUGUCCUUCUUCCUCGAAGCACUGGCUCCUUUUUCUGCUUGAAUGAGCUGAAGGGCACAGUUGACUAUGUUUACGACUGUACCCUGGCCUAUGAGGGCGUUCCACGAGGGGAAUUCGGCCAAGACCUCUUCACACUCCGCUCCAUGUACCUUCAAGGACGACCGCCGCCAUCCGUAAAUAUGUACUGGCGCCGCUUCGCCAUUGAAGAUAUGCCCCUCGACGACCCCGACAGAUUCGAGCUCUGGAUGCGAGAGCGCUGGUACGAGAAAGACAGCUUCAUCGAGCAAUACUUAAGCAGCGGCCGCUUUCCCGGCGAUCCGUCCGCAAUACAAGGGGUGUCAUCUGGCACCGAUCAAGGCAACUACAUCGAGACAGAAGUCAAGCUCGCGCACUGGUGGGAAAUCGGCAAUAUCUUCAUCGUUCUCGCGAUGAUGGGAUUAGUAGCCAACGUUCUCGCCAAGAUAUGGAAUCUGGUGCUAUACGGAAAGCAGUUUUGA